CCUCCCCCCUCUGACUCCUCCGCACCUCCCCCCCCGCCUGUCGCCACCCCCGGCCCGAGGCUCUGCGGCGCCCCCUGUCCCAGCCGCAGUCGGAGCCGGGAGCCGGGAGCCGGGAGCCGGAGGCACGGGCUGGGCCGCCGCCGCCGCCGGUGCGGAGUCCCGGGUCUCGGUGACAAUGGCGAAGGACGCAGCGAGAGUUGCUCGGAUCGUCAAUGAGACGGUAGCAGAGGGCAGGAACACGUUGGACCUGUCAAACUGCAAGUUAACCUCUUUUCCAGUUGCACUCUUCAAAGUUAUGAAGGACGUGCUGGGGAACAUUCACUUCAUUUCUCUGGAAAACAACGAACUGAAAUCCAUCACCGGUGACUUUAUGACCAACUUUAACCAGUUGCGGGAAUUAAACCUUGAAGGCAAUUACCUGAAAAAGCUGCCUGAUGAAGUCAAGACUCUGACACACUUGAAAACUAUAAACCUAGCAAGGAAUAAGCUCUCUACCUUCCCGCACCAGCUAACAGAGCUGACAACACUGGAAAAUAUUAACCUAGAGGCAAAUGAGAUCACUGAGGUGCCAAUUGAGACUCUCAACUCUAUGCCUUCCCUCAAGUUGCUAAAUAUGAAACUCAACCCUCUGAACCGAGAAACCCUGGUAGUUGGGCAAAUUGAAUUAAAAUUUGAAUUACUGGUAACAGUUGAAUAAGCAGUUACUAUGGAUUAGAAUCAGAACUUUGGUGUUUGAAGUGAACAUUGCCACGUGCCAGGCAACUGCUUCUUCUGUGAUAAUGGCACCUUCCCAGGAUCUGGAGCGUGUGUGGCUGAAGUUGUUAUUUGCCAAAAAGGUCUGGUGUGAGGGGGCCCAGUGCUGUAAACUGACCGUGAACAAUCUGUGAAUUGAUGCUUCAAAUUAACAAUGAAAUUAACGAUGAUUGGACUGAACUCUUGAGUUUUAAUGUGGCAUAUGUGAUUUUUCUUCCCCUUAGAGGCAAAGCGAUUAUAUUGUAAACUAUUUGGAUUUAUGACCAUAUUUAUUAAAGCAUAUUUGGAGGACAAAUUAUUUACAAUUGAGCAGUAACUGUGUAAAGUGCAGAAAAGAAUCUAUUUUCCUUGGUAAACCUUUGGUUAUCAUCCUGAAAAGUUCAUUACUGAAGAUUUUUCACUUGAAAUGAAUCCCCCAUGAGUUGGAGUGCUUUUUUGAUGUACUGUUGCCUGGUUGAUUAAAAAAUAACUGCAUGAUUGCACUGAUGGAUUUACAAUCUGAAUUAAAGGAUUGGUGUGUU